AUGAUCUCCAAGACCGCCAUCGCCCUGCCUCUGGCUGCCUCGCUCCUCGAGCAGGUCAACGCCUUCAGCCUCCAUCGCCACCAGCACGCCGCCGACAAGCGCGACAACGUCGUCUGGCACACCGUCUUCGAGACCGUCUACGUCACUGCUGGCGCCGAAUCUCCCGCCGAGACUCAGCAGGCUUUCGUACAGGACAGCCAGCCAGCCAAUGCCGCCAAUGCUGCCGUCGUCACUGUCGACGCCACUCCUUCCCAGGCUCCCGCUGCCGCCGCUCCCGCUCCGGCUCAGACCACUCUGUCCACCGCUGUCAAGCCUGCUCUCAGCAUCCCUGGCCUGGACGGCAUUCUCCCCACCAAGGCCUCCUCUUCCUCGGCCCCGUCCAGCACCGCCCUCGGCUUCGCCAAGCAGGGUAUCGCUUACAACGAUGUAUCCAUGGCCAAGUCCUUCGGGAAGGCAUGCGGCGAACGGUGCGGCUGGUACUACAACUGGGGUUCCAGCUCCGGCGGUCUUGACUCCGGUGCAGAGUACAUUCCUAUGCUCUGGGGUCCCCUGGAUGUCCACACCAGCCACUGGGACAGUGAUGCUGAGAAGGCUCUCUCCAACGGUGCCAAGGCUAUGCUGAGCUUCAACGAGCCCGAUAUGCCUUCACAGGCCAAUUUGUCUCCCGACGCCGCUGCCAAAGAUCACGCCAAGUACUUCUCCAAGUACAAGGGCCGCGCCCAGAUUGGCAGCCCUGCCGUUUCCAACUCUAAUCUGGCCGGCCAGGGUAUCAAGUGGCUCGAGAGCUUCGUCACCGCAUGCAGUAGUACCCCUGACUGCCACUUCGACUUCUGCGCCGUUCACUGGUACGCUGAUGCCAAUGCCCAGAACACGCUGUUCGACCACCUCGAGAAAGCCAAGGUCGCCUGCCAGGGUAAGGCUAUCUGGCUGACCGAGUUUGCUCCCAUCAACCCCCCCACCGACACGGUCGCUAUCUCCAAAUUCAUCAAGGACGUCAUUCCCCAGCUCGACUCUCUCGACUACCUACACGCCUACUCCUACUUCAUGGUUGCCCAGCCCGCCCUCAUGGACUCGACCACCGGUCUCAGCACCAUCGGCAAGGCCUACGCUGCCAUUGCCAACUAA